UAUCUCAAUCGCUUCAGUAGGUACCUCCUGCUUAUUAAAUAAAAAUGAUUUUGGAAGAAGACAAAUUUGUUAUACAUGGCCCUAAACCUGCUGUGCCUUUGUCAGAUAAUACCGUGGGAGAAGAGAUAUUUGCAAAAUUACUAACAAACGCUAUAGCAAAGGAUGAUGCCAUGAUCGAUGUGUUCACUGGGAGGACAAUUUCUUAUAAAUCGCUACUACAGAUAUCCUGCGAAUUAGCCGAAGCUCUGCGUUCUCGUGGCUACGAAAUGAACACAGUUAUGUCAGUAUGUAGUGAAAAUAAUUUGGAGUUUUACAUUCCUGUCCUAGCAGCCCUUUUCGUUGGUUGCAUAAUGUUUCCUGUCAAUCAUAACUACACCGAGAACGAGAUGAAACAUAUCUUAAAUAUUGGCAAACCUAAAGUUAUUUUCUGUUCCAAAAACGUUUCAUUUAAAUUGCUCCAUUUAAAAAAGUUGUUGGGUUUUCUGGAAGACAUAGUUAUAAUUGAUUCCAAUGAAUCAGUUCUAGGAACAGAAAGUUUGAAACUCUUCGUGAAAAGAUCCUUGAGAGGGAAAACCGUUUCACCUCAAAAAUUUCAGCCCAUAAUUGGUGAUGCAGCAAAACUCGGUGCUUUUAUAUUAUGUUCUUCUGGUACUACUGGGUUGCCUAAAGGGGUGUUGAUCUCACAUAGGAGUAUAUUGACCAGAUUAUUGCAAUCAAGAGAUCCUAGGUAUUCCCUUUCUUCAAAAAACAUUCUUGGGUUAAUGCCUUUUUUUCAUUCAUAUGGAUUAAAUGUUGGACUCGACGCUAUAGCUAAUGGUAACAAAUUAGUGGUGUUAAAAAGAUUCGAUGAGGAUGUCUUCUUAAAAUCUAUCCAAGACUAUGAAAUUACAAUGUUGGCUCUAGCGCCCCCCUUAGCUGUUUUUAUGGAAAAAAGUCCGAAAAUAUUAAAUUAUGACCUAUCUUGUGUUGAAGAAGUCGCUUGUGGAGCUGCACCGUUGAGUAAGAACACAGAAUUGGCUUUAAGAAAGAGGCUGAAAAACUUGAAAUCAUUCCGUCAAGGCUAUGGACUAACAGAGGCAACAUUCGCCGUUACAAUAGCUGAUAAGGAGAAUCAAAAACCAGGAUCAUGUGGUAAGGUUGGAACGUUUAUGACAUGCAAAGUAAGAGAUCCAGAAACUGGAAAGAGCCUGGGGCCUAAUCAAACAGGCGAACUGUGCUGCAAAGGACCGUUUAUCAUGAUGGGGUAUUAUAAUGACGAAAAAGCAACGAGAGAGACUUUUACUUCUGACGGAUGGUUAAAAACUGGCGAUUUAGGAUACUAUGAUGAAGAAGGAAAUUUUUAUAUAGUGGACAGGCUCAAAGAAUUAAUUAAAUAUAAAGGAUAUCAGGUAGCUCCAGCUGAAUUGGAGGCACUUUUACUGAAUCAUCCAAAGGUUCGUGACGUAGGAGUAGUUGGGCUACCAGAUGAACUAUCAGGGGAACUACCAUUAGCUUUUGUCGUAAAAAAAGAAGGACUAGAUGUUACAGAAGAUGAAUUGCAGAAAUAUGUUAGCAAUAUGGUUUCAUCACAAAAAAGGCUUAGAGGGGGAGUAAUUUUCGUUUCAGAAAUUCCAAAAAAUCCCAGUGGAAAAAUAUUAAGAAGGGAAUUGAAGGAAAGACUGAAAAACUACCAAAAAACGACGAAGUCAAAGCUCUAGUAUUUAAUUUAAUAAGUAAAUGCGUAAAACUGUUUAUGCUAUGGUAGAUAUUGUUGUUGUAGAUAGCUAUAUAACUAUAAAAAGAUAAUUUAAGAUUUAUAAUAUAAAAUAAGUAUAAUAUAAUAAGUAUAAUAUAGAAUAAUAUAAAAUUAUGAUGUAUGGCAGAAAGAAAUGUGUACUUCUUAUGGCACUAUAGGUA